CGCUACAUUUGCGGCAGCAACAACAGAGAGCAGGUCCGAAACCAUGGACAGUGGAGAGUCUAAUGGAGAGCCUUCGGCCGACUUGUUCAAGGCCACAGCUGCGCUGAUACUUUUCUCGAUAGCGCUGGGCGGAGGUCUCCUGCCUCAGCGUUUGCAAAAUGUCGGCAAGAAGGUGGUGUCGUGCCUCAACAUGGCAGCGGGCGGAGUCUUCUUUGCUUCCGCGAUGGUGCAUAUGUUGCCCGAGAGCAGCGAGACGCUGCACGACGCUUGGGGGGGCGAGUUUCCAUGGGGCGGCUACUUCUGCGCCUUCGGGUUCCUUUUGGUUCUUUGCAUUGACCAAGCGGUGUCGAUAUCCCACGCAAGCCGCAGGAAGGGUAGAAAGGGAGGCCAUAGCCUGGUGCCCACGGAGCCACCAAGCGUGGAUGAUGUAAACAGGUUCGCCCAAAGACGGGGAAUGAACGGCGCGAGCCAUCGGAACACCGACUCAGAAGACCUAGCUGAGCUCAUGGCCGCUAUUUCACCGAAGGCUCUUCUAGGUUCCUCCGCCAUAGGUGAUUCGGAAGAGGCGGUGGUUCGAGGGGGGGGCACCAACGGAGGCCGAAACGGUGAUGGCGGCGGGGCAGGGGGAGCCAGCGGUAGUAACGGGGGUCGGGGAGCAGGAAGCAACGGAGGCGAGGCGUGCCCACAGCAGGGGUUGAUUUCGUCGUCAUCGACUGACUCACACGAAGACCAAGACUGCGGGGAUCAUCAUCACCAUGGGGGGCACGCGCAUGCGCACGGGCUGGGGGGGGAGGGAGACGGCGUGUUGGUGCGCCUGGCUCUCCUGUUGGCGCUGUCGGUGCACUCGGUGAUGGAAGGGCUGGGAGUCGGCGCCAAGACCACGAAGGCUUACAACUUGCUCUUCGCGAUCGGAGUUCACAAGGGACUCGCGGCGUACGCGUUGGGCGCCUCCCUGCUCCAGAGCGGCGUCCACGGAAAGCAGGUCACCCUGUUCGUCCUCGCCUUUUCCGCCAUGACCCCCCUGGGCAUCCUCCUGGGCGCCAUCAUCGAAAAGGACGGCGAGGAUGACUCGGCCGGUGCCGUGUGCGUAGCGCUGGCGGCGGGAACUUUCCUCUAUGUUUCCUUGAUGGAGGUUCUCCCGCCUGAGCUCGCUUCUCCGGAGAACGGGUGGAGCAAGAUGGGGUCCUUGCUGACGGGAUUUGUGGUCUCGGCAGGGGUGGGGUGGCUCGUGGGGUGAUCCGGUUUGGUUCGGUCUGCGGUACGGUUUCUUUUCGGUGGUCUGUGGUCUGUUGGGGUCAUGUGAGCGAGCUCUACAAGAGGUUGCCUCGAGAAAAGGAUGGGUGGGACGCGGUUAUCUGGUUAGCAUCGCCGUCUUUGAAAAACGAUCGCCCCGCGAGGUUUUUCCACCGUUGAGGAAACUGCGGGCCACCGUUUCAGUGGCCAGGUAGAUGUGCUCACGGGAAGACCGCUUCACUUCCGUGCAGCAGUUAUGGUAGUUUUUUGGCGAAUGUGCAUGCAUCAAAUUAAGUCGCAUGCGUGGGUCGGGCGGCGGGGACAACGGUUAAGGGUCGGAUAGGGUAGAGGCGUGAUUUAUGUCAAGCGGGGGGUUAUUUGCCGUUUGGGUAACGCGGCUUGUGUAGGGGACGUCAGGAAUCAUUAGUGCGCCUAGAUAAUGCUGCUUUGAGAAUCGAAACUUGAAAAGCGACGCCUGCCUUGUCCUCGCUCCUUCUUCGAUUCGAGGGGCUGUGAACGUCGUUUUCGAAGCGGUUUUGUGGUUCAGAAUUAACGAGCGCCGCCUGAACUCGUCUUCGCCGACGCUAGAGGGUGGGAAGCUAAGUGCUAGUCUUGUGACUUAUACAACACCUCAAAUGAGAUACAUCUGUGACAGAUUUUUAGCCUGGGAGGUCUUGCCCCUGGAGCAGAUUGUAGCACACGAACAACACGCGCGCUUGCGGUCGUGCGAACUGUUCUUUGGUAUUUUUUUGUGCCCGGGUUUUCGUUUGUGCAUGGUGUCGGGCCGCUUAGAGAGUGCAGGCCGUAUUAUAUUUGGUCGUUACGUUGUUGGCACCAUUCCCUGUUGAGCUUGGACGCCACCACCACCCUCCAGGUUAUCAUCGGUUUCCACACUGACUUUUUUCUCGUUGUUUGUCAAUAUAUCUACACACCAUGGCACGUGGUUAGCGCGGAAUCGCGAUACCCCGUUUGCCGGCGGUUUUUGCUACUUGUAGCCCCCCCCCCCCCCCCCCCCCCCCCCCCCCCCCCCCCCCCCCNGCCCCCCCCCCCCCCCCCCCCCUUGUUGAGACGGUUGACGUUUGUAGUGUAGCGAAUGAUGCUCGAUGAUGCGGCGCCCUGGGGGGGAUAAGGUGGGCCGGGGGGGUUGGCACAGAUGUCGAAAUGGAGUGCGGAGGGCAGUGAGUUACCAUGAACAUCCAUGUUUUUGUGUGUGGUUUCAGUUGUGAUGUGGGUUUCUCUUGUUGCUGUUGUAGAUGAUGCUGCUGCUGUUGUGAGCUACUUUAUUGUCUUCGCACGCAUUACGAAGCGUUCCGAUCUCUGCUCAGUACCUUUUAAACAUCCGAACCGGUCUGGUCCAACUGACGCGGGCGUCUUCGUUGAGCGGUCAAAAGCGAACCAUCUACCCAAGGGAGAAACCAACAAGGACCUCAUGUAAUCGC